CUCGUUAGCUGUUGGUCACGUGAUCGCGAAGGACCGACCAAUGAGGGCGAAGCCUCAGGGCUCAAAAUGUGCCCCUGCCCCCUAACCUCCUCUGCUUAGCUAGUUGGUGCGGUCGGUGCCGCUCGCUGCCGGUUCAGUCUUCAGUCUUCAGUUGUGCAAAUUACAGAUAUCGUCAAAAGAGCUGUGCUAUCCGGCCGGAUAAAAGAUCUAAACAAAAAUGUCUCAGAGGGGCAGAGGAAGUCGUGGGCGAGCCAUACAGCAGCGUACAGGUAGUUCGCAGCAGGAACAGAAACUUCCUCAUGCUCAAUCGUCAUCGAGCAGCGGGGCUGUUCGCAGACCGGGACAACCUGCUGCGCAAGCCUCUACAAGCACUGGUGGACGCGGCCAAAAACACAUUGGCGAGAAAGGUGAUAGCGCAGCAGUUGGACAGCUAGGCAGAGGCAUAGAAAGAAUGGCAAUUCAACCUGUUGCCGGUGGCAGUGGAGAUGCGGCUGGUGCGGCAGGUGGCCCUCCACCAGUUCUGUCAAGCGGAAGAGGAUCGGCUCGCGGCAAGAGAAUUUUACCCGCUGACAUCUUUGUCACAAAGCCGAGUCAUAUAAAAGAAAAAAAAGGAACUUCCGGCAGUAGAAUAAUGUUACAAACAAAUUACUUCAAGUUACUUAAGGCGACUGAUUGGGCCAUUCACCAGUAUCGCGUCGAUUUUGCGCCCGAAGAGGAUCGCACAGCUGUGCGUAAGGGUUUACUCAAACUGCAUUAUAAGAGUAUCGGCCCGUACAUCUUUGAUGGCACUGUAAUGUACACAAGUCAUCGAUUGCCUGAUCUAAUGACAUUUACGUCAACUCGACAAUCGGAUGAGCAACAUAUAACGAUCACUGUCCGUCUUGUUGGUGAUAUGCUGGUGGGAGAUAUCCAUUAUAUCCAAUUCUUUAAUAUUAUUAUGAGAAAAUGUUAUGAGUUUAUGCAAUUAAAAUUGGUUGGCCGCAAUUAUUUUGACCCUGAAAGUAGAAUUACCUUGCCGGAAUAUCAAUUGGAAUUAUGGCCAGGAUAUGUGACAUCUAUUCGUCAACACGAACGCGAUAUAUUAAUGUGCGCCGAAAUAACAAGCAAAGUUAUGCGGUUAGAUACUUUGGUGGAUAUCCUGAAUUCCUGUUAUCAAGAAAAUAAUCAACGAUACAGAGAAAAUUUCGCCAACACUGUAAUUGGUACAGUAGUUCUUACUCAUUAUAACAACAAUACAUAUCGCAUCGAAGAUGUGGACUUUUCUACGACUCCUGCUAGUUCAUUCGCAUUGAAAAACGGCGACAAAAUAACAUAUAUAGAUUAUUAUAAAAAAAAAUAUGGAAUAGCCAUAAGAAAUCAGAGACAACCCAUGCUUGUAACUAAAUCUAAAACAAGAGAUCGACAAGCUGGAGAAGCGGAACGAGUGUAUUUGGUACCCGAGCUAUGUCGGGCGACAGGUUUGACUGAUUCCAUGAGAGAAAAUUAUAGGCUUAUGUCAAGCGUGGCUACACAUACCCGUCUCAAUCCAAGAGCGCGUAUUGGGAAAUUGAUGAACUUUAAUCAAAGACUUCACGGAACGGAUAAGAUAGUAAAAGAACUUUCCGAGUGGAAUUUGCAAUUAGAUAAUAGGUUACUUGAUAUACCUGCGCGUGUACUACCCACUGAGCAACUUCGAUUUGGUGGAGACUCAUAUAUCACAACUUCACGCGAGAACAAGGGCGACUGGUCAAGAGAAAUGCAAACUAAAAAAUGUUUAGUUUCCAAACAAUUGCGCGAUUGGAUUAUCAUAAUUACGGAAAGAGAUAAAAAUGCUCACCAGAAAUUCGUAAAUACUUUAGUGAAAGUAUCUAAGGGAAUAUCGUUUUGGGUAGAAGAACCGCUAAUACACACUAUUCGCGACGACAGACCAGGUACAUAUAGUGAAACUCUAGAACAAAUUCUAAGCAAAAAAAUACCGCAAUUGGUAUUUUGUGUGGUAUCGAACAAUCGCAGCGAUCGUUACUCUGCAAUUAAGAAGAAGUGCUGCGUAGAUCGACCUAUACCAUCGCAAGUUUGCUUGAUUAAAACUAUGACGCAUAGGAACGUCAUGUCUAUCGCUACGAAAAUAGCGAUACAAAUGAAUUGUAAAUUAGGCGGAGCACCAUGGUGCGUGGAUAUUCCGUUGGACGGGAUGAUGGUCGUUGGAUUCGACGUUUGCCAUGACACAACUGUUAAAACCAAAGAUUUCGGCGCUAUGGUAGCGACCCUAGACAAAUGUAUGACGAAAUACUUCAGUGCAGUGAGCGCGCAUGCAAACGGUGAAGAAUUGUCAAACGAUCUUUCUCAAAACAUUUGUAAGGCCGCGCAGGCCUACUAUAUGCUGAACAAAGCUUUACCGUCGCGCAUUGUGAUCUAUCGCGACGGCGUUGGCGAGGGACAGAUACCGCAGGUGAUGGAGCACGAAGUAGUGCAGAUAAGAAAAUCUCUUGACGUGUUGUAUGGGGGCCCGGAUAAAUAUAAAAUGGCGUUUAUAAUCGUGACGAAGCGAUUGAACACGCGAUUCUUCUACAACAACGAUAAUCCAGAAGCAGGCACCGUGGUCGACGAUGUUAUCACGAGUCCGAUCAAAUACGACUUCUUCAUUGUGUCGCAACAUGUGCGACAAGGCACGAUAUCACCCACCUCGUACAGUGUAAUCUUUGACAAUCUCGGUAUAGAUGCGGACAAGAUACAACGUAUGUCAUACAAAUUAACCCAUAUGUACUACAAUUGCUCGAACACUGUUAGAGUACCGGCACCCUGCCACUAUGCUCACAAACUGGCGUUUCUUGUAAGUAGAUUUAUUCAUCGAGCGCCGGACUCGCAACUGCAAAAUUCAUUAUACUUCUUAUAAUCUUU